GCUUCUUCUGCUCCCUUCGAUCCGCCGUCCGAUUCUCCUCUCCCUCUUCUUUUCUCUCAAUUGGACUUGUAUCCAUUCGCCCAUCUAUCUACAACAGCGAUACAACUCUCCCGAACAGACUCCCAUCAUUCCAUCCACCAUGGCUGCCUCUCUCUUCCGUCCCUCUACUGCCCGCACUGCUCUGCGCGCCGGAGCUUCGGCUGCUCGCACUGCUGGUCUCGCGGGCACCAGCUUCGUCCGCACCAAGGCUACCCUCCCUGAUCUGAGCUAUGACUACGGUGCUCUGGAGCCUGCCAUCUCCGGUAAGAUCAUGGAGCUGCACCACAAGGCGCACCACAACAACUAUGUCAACGGCUACAACACCGCCGUCGAGAAGCUCCAGGAGGCCCAGCACCAGGGUGACGUUGCUGCUCAGAUCGCCCUGAAGCCCCUGAUCAACUUCAACGGUGGUGGCCACCUCAACCACAGCCUCUUCUGGGAGAACCUGGCCCCCAAGAGCGCCGGCGGUGGUGAGCCUCCUUCGGGCAACCUGAGCAAGGCCAUCAACGAGACCUACGGCAGCCUCGACUCCUUCAAGGAGAAGUUCAACGCCGCUCUGGCUGGUAUCCAGGGAAGCGGCUGGGCCUGGCUUGUCAAGGACAAGACCACUGGCCAGAUUGGCAUCAAGACCUACGCUAACCAGGACCCUGUUGUCGGCCAGUUCGCUCCUCUGCUCGGUGUUGACGCCUGGGAGCACGCCUACUACCUUCAGUACCAGAACCGCAAGGCCGAGUACUUCAAGGCCAUCUGGGAGGUCAUCAACUGGAAGGCGGCUGAGAAGCGCUUCGGCGCUUAAACGGGUCGAUCCCAACAUUGGCCGCCCAUCAGCUUUCAUUAAUAGCGUCGGUAUAUUCAUCGGCUUGACGUCUUUGAUUUUGAGCAGUGUAAUCUACUAGUAGUUCUGUCGAUCGAUUUAGUCAAGCUAUUUCUUUAUAGAUAUGAUAACUAUCUUUCAAAUCUGUUCCAGGAAGUAUAAAAAUAAUAGUAUAUCAUGGUACAUAAUAAUAUAAUUCGAUAGUACACU